AUGUGGAUUGUUGUUCCAGCCAAGACAUCAUCUGGAUUUGUAAAGGUAGAAUGGUUUGAUAAAUCUGGGAAAGAAGGUGAGGAACAACAAAUUGAAGAGGAAAGAAGGGCCCUUGUUUUGAAGGUUCAAGCCAUUUUGCGUCCAUUCGUUCUAAAGGACAUGAAGGAGGCUGUCGAAAACAGGGUUCCACAAAAGAAAGGUGUUGUUCAGAACUCCGAUGCAAUUAUUGUCACAUGCUCCAGAGAUAAUGCAGCAAAAGAAGGCGCAAGGACUGAUAGUGGGAAUUGUCAAGAGGUACCAGCAGAGGUUGUUGGUCAAACUGAUGAUGAAGGUAGUCCUAACAGGCGAACCAGUCAACUGGGCCGGGAAGUGGAAGUUACUAAGGUCAUUACGAGGCCGAGAACUAAUGAUGUGCCUAUCUCACUGGUUGGCGAAAGCAAUCCAGCUGUGCUUCUGCAAGUGCCAAAUUCAAGUUCCCCUGAAUUAAUCUUCAAGGCACUCAGAGGCAUACCUGGCUUAGCCCGUACCGAUAUUCUGAGAUCCUACAGUGCUCUUAUCCGUGAUGAUCGCCGAUUUGAGUGUCUCAUGGCACUCCCGAUGGACAUGAGAAAGGAUUGGUUGCUCAUGGAGAUUGGAAACAACUAGUGCUUGCUCUGUCGCUCCAGGCUCCAGCAGUAUGAAUGUACCUGCAUGUUUAGAAGUUGUCAGAUGGAGUUCAGGCUCCUGAUGCUCCCUUCCUGAUCAGUUAGUCUCGGUAAUGUUGUAACCACGUGAUGCCUGGCAUGGCCCAGGUGUCAUGUUGUAUAUAUGGAGUUAUUCAUAUGAUAUCUUCAACUAGUAGCAUGAAGUCUGCUUGUUCAUCAACUGCAGUGCCAUUUGCU